AUGAGUUCCUCCCGCGCGUCCUCCUCGUCCCUCAAGAAACACGACCACCUCCCGAGCAUAACCCCCCAGCGCAAGCACCGCAAGCUCCUCAAGGACGGCAGUGGCACAGAGGUCUGGCCAGAGAGCAUCGAGAAGGUCUUCGUCCAGGGCCUCAGAGAGUACUGGGAGUCUCCCUAUGCGACCUACUCGCAGUCCCGUGGCCGCAGUCGUUGGCGAAACCAGUUUCUUGUCGACUACCUGACCAAGCACGGCAUCGACCGGUCAAAGAAACAGGUCGCUAGCCACAUCCAAGUCCUUCGGAAUAUGUGGAAGGAAUUCGCUCUCGUAGCAGGCGGUGAUGAACUAUAUCCGGAUAGCGGCUCCCCACUGCCGGUCAAGCUUGAGGAGCAUUACGACACCAAUGCGCUAAUUCCUUUCGACUGGGAAGAGGGUGACCUUCCCUCCUCGAAUCCAGUCUCCCCUGAUUUUUCCCCUGCCGACUCCCAGUCAGAGUUCCCGCCGACUCCAGAACACCGCCCAAAUCUGUUCCCUUCCGAUUUUGGCGCUAUCCAUCCCAAAGUGCACGGCUUGCCCUUGGACCUCUCCUACUCUGCUCCAGGCAUGACGAGCCCGUCAAUAUCACCUCACGGGAGCUACAUCCAACAACUCCCGGGCUACGACGGCUCACCCUUCUCCCUGCCUCAGUCCAAGCACUCCUCUGUUUCACCCGUACAGGCGCCUUACCAAGCGCCUCGGAAACAGCCUGCGGAAGCGCAGUCCGUCAGCCGGCACCAAAACGCGACUCCGACGCAUCAUCGGAGUACUCGCAAUAAAGUCACUGGUAUCUUCCUCCAGGCAGACGGUAUGACUCCGUUCUCCGUCAAGGUCGACGCGCUCGUUCAUCCAACCGCCCAAAUACAACCUCCGUUCACCCUGAGAGUUCGGCUAUGCGUUCCGGCCAUGAAUGACGCGCGGACGCCCCCUACUUUUCGCGGCUUCCUUGGCAGCAUCGCCUUGGAAAGCGUGUGGAGCGCGACUGGCCGAUGCGUCACAAAGACUUACGGAAACAACGUAUGCCUUGCAGAAGAGACUGGAUUCCUCAACAUCACGCACAUCAACGUUGGCACCGUCAACGUGGUCCUCCCAGAAUCCCCGCUCAGCAGGUGCAGAGGCUUUGAUCCUUCGUUUUCGAUCGUUCUCACGCAGGAAAUUAUCGUCGACGAUGAAACCCUCCUCUUCGUGAUUUACGAUCUUGACAGGAGAACUGGUGGUCCCAUGCCUUCUGCAGCGCUCUUAGGGUACCAAAAAUACCGGGCGGCUGAUAAAAGCACUCCCCAACCGUCACCACUCUCACCUAGCCCGAGUGCCCCAAUUUCGCCUCCCCACGCUACGCCUUAUAGCCGACCAGCGACACAACCCCCAUUGUCGUACAACCUCACCCCCAUGCGGUACCCAGCUUCGACGGGGCCGCACUUUUGA